UACUAGGCGCGCUCCCGGCGAAAAUUCUGGGGGAUACAUGCAUUUGAGGCGAAGAACGUGGACGCGCGUCUGGCAGCCUCACUAGGCAGAUCUCCUGUUCACACAAUAUAGGAAGGAGAGCGUAGAAACGCUACGGUGGACAGGUGAAGAUGGAGAAAGUAUUAGGACUCGCCGUGGUAUCCAGUAUGUUAUGUGUCGGCUCGGUUUUUGGGAAAUAUGUCAGAGGUAUCGUCAAUACGAAAGAGGACUGGGUUUUCCUCACAAGGUUUUGCUUCCUGACCGAUUUUGGCCGAUUGAACUUUAAGUUCAGAUACCCCAAGUCCCGAUGCUGUCAGAACAUAUUGCUCUACUUUGAUGAAAGCUCUCAGUGGCCAGCUGUGUACAAGAGGCCGGACAAGGACUGCUACCUGAAAGAGUCAGUACUGAGGCCUGAAAAUAACCAAGUCAUCAACCUGACUACCCACUACACCUGGUCUGGCUGCAUGGUGGAAGGCGAAGGUAAUGAAGAGAUGCUGAGUUGUGUAGGAGGUCGAAGUUUUCGUUCUGUCAGAGAGAGAUGGUGGUACAUUGCGCUCAGCAAGUGUGGGGGAGAUGGGCUGCAGCUGGAAUAUGAAAUGACAUUAACCAAUGGACAGUCCUUCUGGACCGAGCAUUUCUCUGCAGAUGAAUUUGGCAUCCUGGAGACAGACAUCACAUUCUUGGUUAUAUUUGCCACUGUGUUUUUGCUGUCUUGUUAUUUUGCUUAUCAUUUAAAGGGAAGACAGCUGCUCCAUACAACUUAUAAGAUGUUUAUGACUGCGGCUGGAGUGGAGGUCUUAAGCCUGCUCUUCUUUUGCUUUUACUGGGGCCUUUAUGCCAGGGAGGGUGUCGGGAAUGGCAGCCUCAAGAUAUUAGGGAAAUUACUCUUUUCUGUGAGCUUCCUGAUUUUCUUGCUCAUGCUGAUCCUCUUGGGGAAGGGAUUCACAGUCACAAGGGCAAGAAUAAGUCACAGUGGCUCUGUGAAACUGUCCAUUUAUAUGACAGUGUACACCAUCACCUACAUCAUUCUCUUCAUAUAUGAAGCAGAGUUCUUUGAUCCAGGUGAGGUGCUGUAUGCUUAUGACAGCCCUGCAGGGUAUGGUCUAAUGGGUCUGCAACUGCUUGCGUACGUAUGGUUCUGCUAUGCUGUGCUAGUGUCCCUCAAACACUACCCUGAAAAACAACCUUUCUACAUCCCCUUCUUCACUGCUUACACUCUGUGGUUUUUUGCUGUGCCAGUCAUGGCUCUAAUUGCCAACUUUGGCAUCUCUCGGUGGGCCAGGGAAAAGAUUGUGAACGGCAUCCAACUUGGCAUCCAUCUCUAUGCCCAUAUCGUCUUCCUGGCAAUCACACGCCCGUCAGCAGCCAAUAAGAACUUUCCCUACCACGUGCGGACGUCACAGAUAGGAAUCCUUCUCUCCAGUCCUAAAGAGGGGGCAGAAUGCUUCCCUCAUCAUGCUUAUGGGAAUAGCUCCUUCCUGGGAGACUCUCAGCCAAACUUCACAGAGCUCUUCUCCAUCCACUCUGACCCUGUAAAGACUAUAGAUGAGACGGUGACUCGGAAGGGACAGGAAGUGCCAAGGAACAGCGAGCACAAGAUCAUCACCACAACGGCAGACCUGUCGUCUACAUUCUCCCCUCUUCCUCCUCCAAUACCACCACGCAGCUCUGCACACUCUCCCCCUCCUCCUAGAUUAACGUCCCACUUCACCGAGUAUUUUAGUAUGCAAGGGGCCACUGGGAUUCUGGGUUCCAAUGCCUUGAGCGGGCCGUAGAGGAACAGGCCAUGCGGAAACAACUUUCAAACAUCUACGAGGUGGAAAAGAGUUCAAUAUUUCAAUAGAUUAGGUUAAGGCAAGCGUGAAAAAGUAAAGGCAUUUUCAAAAAAAAGUUACCAAACAUCCGUAUCUUUGAAUUUGUAAAAGGAAACGCAAACUGCAGAACGUCGA